CGGGCUCCAGGGGACGGGUUCCAGGCGGCGGUUCCUCGAGCUCAGGAUCUCCAGCGGCUCCGCCACCGCCCCGGACUCUAGAACUCGGGUCCUCUGCACGGACUCCGGAUUACAGUGUCAUUUGCUUGCGGCUCACAGCCACGAGAGAGCCAGCUUAAAGAGGGAGAACAGGAUGGAAAAAAAAAAGAGGAGGCUGUUUAACUUCACUCAGCUGGAAGCUGCGCUCGUAGCAGGGGCUGGGCCACCCUCUCUGGCACCCCAAGGUUGGUUUGUGUGGUGCUCCGUUCCUACUUCCCAGCGGUAGCAGAGCGCCUACCCUCCUUACGGGCGCUUCUAGGCGAGAGCGUUCAUUCCCCCUUGAUCCCUAAGCCCCGGGAACGGGAACGGCUUUUCCCUUGCGUUACAGGGGAGGGGAUGGCGCUGCAGAAAGAAGUCUGGCUUGGCCCGUGUGUCACAACUAGUCAUGAACGGAGGUCUUUGAGGUGGGGUUUGUGUAACCCUAAAAAGCAGGCCCCAGCCCACAGCUCCGGUGUCUGUCCUCACGCUGCUUGACCUGGGCCAAAGCCCCCGGAGAGGGGAAAGAGGGAACGCACGUCCCGGUGGCUUUCCGCACCCCGGCCCUCGCCCCGGCGCGCAGCCCUCCCAGCGCCGGCGGCUCCCCGCCGUGGAGAGGGUGGCCUUCUGUCCACGGGAAUCGCUUCUCCAGCGGGAGCGUCGUUUCGGUGUCCCUUUGUAAGAUUCGGGGGACGACUGCGGGAUCUGGGGAUCCAGGAAUAGGAGGGGAAGAGAGAAGCUGAGGACCCGAGUUCAUCCCUGCGGGCGUCCACGUGGUGGGUGUGUGUGGCACUUCAUUCAAACUUCGGGGAGUUCUGGGUUUGGGCGGCCAGUGAAGGUGUGACCAAUCAGAGUCCCGAGGCGGGAAUAAAUUAUGCAAAUAGCCAUCUGGCGAUGGGUCAGAUGACUCGAAUACUUUUUAAAAGUACCUCUCCUGGCGCUCACGGUGUGACAGCGGCGAGCCCCGGCUCCGGCGAGGACCGCUUGGGCUGGGCAGCGUGUGUUUCCUUCCACGCGCUCCUUUCGGCCCUCGCCGCGCGCCACCUUCUCCCCCAGCUGUCCAGCCCAUCACCUUCUGGCCGAGACCAGGCUGCUCACUUUUAGGCUCGGGAGGUCUUCAGUGGCUUAAAAAACAACCAACCAACCCCCCCGCCCCAAAGCCUGUUUGAGAGGAGGGGGCGUGGCAGGGAAGGAUGCGAAACCCGGUUCUUCUGCUCGGCUUCUGGAGCGUCUAUUGUUGCCUCCCGGCGGGAAGUCUCACAACCUUAGGUCCCCAGAGGUCGCUGCGAGAUGAACAUCCUAAAGCCUCUGGAGCGCCAGCUACCGUCAGACCCUCUGUGGCUUUUAACAUCCACACUUCCAAGGACCCAGAGCACGAAGGGUGUAAUCUCUUCCUUGGUGACAACCAGCUCUUGGAGGACUGUGGCUUCAACAUGACAGCCAAAACCUUUUUCAUCAUUCACGGAUGGACGAUGAGCGGCAUGUUUGAAAGCUGGCUGCAGAAGCUUGUGUCCGCCCUGCAGACAAGAGAGAAAGACGCUAAUGUGGUGGUGGUUGAUUGGCUGCCCCUGGCUCACCAGCUGUACACAGAUGCGGUCAAUAACAGCAGGGUGGUGGGGCAGAGAGUGGCUGAGAUGCUGGACUGGCUGCAGGAGAAGGAAGAGUUUUCUCUUGGGAAUGUUCACUUGAUUGGCUACAGCCUUGGAGCACACGUGGCUGGAUUCGCUGGCAACUUUGUGAAAGGGACAGUGGGCAGAAUCACUGGUCUGGACCCCGCGGGACCCAUGUUCGAGGGGGCGGAUAUCGACAGGAGGCUGUCCCCGGAUGAUGCAGACUUUGUGGAUGUCCUGCACACCUACACCCUCUCCUUUGGCUUGAGCAUCGGGAUUCGGAUGCCCGUGGGCCACAUUGACAUUUACCCCAAUGGCGGCGACUUCCAGCCAGGCUGUGGAUUCAAUGACGUCUUGGGAUCUAUUGCCUAUGGAACAAUCACGGAGGUGGUGAAAUGUGAGCAUGAGCGAGCUGUACACCUCUUUGUUGAUUCUCUGGUGAAUCAGGACAAGCCGAGCUUUGCCUUCCAGUGCACAGACUCCAACCGCUUCAAAAGGGGUAUCUGCCUCAGCUGCCGGAAGAACCGUUGUAGUAACAUUGGCUACAAUGCUAAGAAAAUGAGAAAGAAGAGGAACAGCAAAAUGUACUUAAAAACCCGGGCUGGCAUGCCUUUCAGAGUUUACCAUUAUCAGCUGAAAGUCCACAUCUUCAGUUUCAAGAACAGUGCAGACAUCCAGCCCACCUUCUACGUCACCCUGUAUGGCAGUAACGCAGACUCCCAGAACCUGCCCUUGGAAGUAGUGGAGAAGAUUGGGCUGAAUGCCACCAACACCUUCCUGGUCUACACUGAGGAGGACUUGGGUGAGCUCCUGAAGAUCAGGCUUACCUGGGAAGGGAUAGCUCAUUCCUGGUACAACCUGUGGACUGAGUUUCGAAACUACCUGUCUCAACCCAGUAACCCCUCUCGGGAGCUGCACAUCCGACGAAUUCGCAUCAAGUCUGGGGAAACGCAGCGAAAAAUGACAUUUUGCACUCAAGAUGCUAAGAAGACUAGCAUCUCCCCUGGCCAAGAGCUGUGGUUUCACAAGUGUCGGGAUGGCUGGAGAAUGAAAAACGAAACCAGGCCCUUUGUGGAGUUGGCCUGAGGGCUCAAGAAGUCCUGAAGUCUAUGCCCACACCCUGCUGACACGCACACGGAGGAAAGUUACUGCUGAAGACCCCCUCGAUGGAAGACCUCUGCCUUGAUCCCGGUGCCCAGGAGGAGCUUGCUUGCUGGGCUCACCUCGUCUCCCCCAACUGCGACUUCUCUUGGAGAAACCUCUGCCCUGAUAAAGUUCUAACUCCAAGGCUCUGUUGACACCUCAGGGAGCAGAGCCAAGGUUGUGUGAACACUGGACUAUCCCGAGCCCUGUACACUCUUGGAUGCUCUUCUGUUAGGUGAGCCCUGGCUUUGUCCAAGAGUAGGAACUCAGGCUCUGGCAUGGCUCUGUGUGGAAGGUUGGCAGGUGCUUGGCCUCACAGAACCUUAGUGACAAGUCUUUCCCCAGGAGCUGGCUCAUACCUUAGUGACAGACCUGUUACCUAGAGAGAGGACAGUAGACAAGGCUGGGGCUCUCGUCCUGCUGUCCUCCCGCGUGAGGUACUGAUGGAUCCUGGUUUUAUCUUAGAUAUUCCAUCAUGCUCAUCUUCUGAAGCUCACACUGUUGGCAUUUCCUUUUACAUUAUUCAUCCUUUGAUUAAACAAACAUUGGCCACGUCAACUAAUUAGCACCAGCAGUAGAGACAUGGCUCAACAACGUUUGCAUGUGGAAUCAAUAGGAUCAGGACCCCUGGAAUCCCUCAGGUCCACUGGCCCGUGAGGAUGCCUGUGGUUAAAGACAGGCAGGGCCAACAAGCAGGCAACAGGCUGAUAGAACUGGGGCUCUGAGGCUUUUACAUACCAUUUCCUCUAAGGGCCAUACUUGAUCACGCUAACAGAACAGCAAGCAGAAAAUCAUGCCUGCAGGCCACAGCAGUGGAGCAAAGUCCUGCUGUUUAGGGAGCUAGACAGUAUUGCUUGUGGUCUACGUAGCUGCCUUGCAGAAACCAGUCCCCUCUGACAGAGCCGGCACUAACAUUUGAUACGGUGUUUUUUCUUCCACAAAGUAGCUUGCUUUUAUAUCAGUGCCUUAUCGGUUAAACUCCUGGGAAAAGUCCCCUGUUCUAGAUCUUAAUGUGAAGAAUUGAUAAAUAUGAUACCCUAGACACCUUUCUACGGGUUUUUAGACAGCUUGCGUGUCACCUAAUUCGAGUGCAGGGAGAGGCACUGCCGUUAUCAGUCUUGUUUCACAAAAUCAAGGCUUAGGGACGUUCAGCCUCCUGAUUAGAUAAUAUAUCUAAGUGGUGGCGGGAGGAGGCAAGCUAAGGACCCAGUAAGGCUUCCUGGAAGCAAAGUUCAUGAAAUCCUUUCUGCAGCUCCACAAAGAUAUCUGCAACCAUUUCGCAUUAAUAUGUUCCUGUUGUGAUAAGCAAGGGAUUUUUUUUUUUUAACCAGAGCUAUCCAUAAAAUCUAAAUCCUUUCAUUAAUAUACAACCAGAAGAACACAUGGGAGAAGGGCUGAGUUCUUAAGGGUGUGCUGCCCGCUGGCGGGGGGAGGUGGGAGAAGGGUCACUCUCUGUAUCUAGGUUUUUAAUGGACAUUCUUUGUACUGUACCAACUUUGCAUCUCUGUUUCAUGCCAAAGUUCUGAAGAGGUAACUAGCUGCAUCUUAACACACAGUGCCCUCUCAACCCCCGAAGUGUGCUUCUGCAAUUGCCCUCUAGCCAAAGUGAAGCUUGUUAUUGGCCACACGUCCCGGUGACUUCCAGCUUCUGUGUUCAGUAAUGGAAGCUUGGGAGAACUGAAUCCUCUGUGAGUUGUGUAUUUAUCCAUGUGGCUUGAAGCCUUGUUUGUAUAUCUGAUGCUUUUUAAAAAUGCUUAGACCACUAUUUAUUUCUUAAGUGUAUAUAAUGUGUAAAGACAAAGAUGUGCUUAGUUUUUACUUUAAGAUUAACUGAUUUCAAGAUUUACAAAGUUUAAUAGUAAAAUUAAAA